CCCCCACCCUGAUCAGCGGCUUCUCUUCUUCUCGCGAGCCACUCAUAAAGGAGCGGUGCAACGGUCGGUGGCUGGCUCACCUUCACCAUCACCUCUUCCUCUGCAAUGGUCUCCUUCUCUUCGCUCUUUGCUUGCGCCGUGGCCAUCGCAGGCGUGGCCUCAGCCCCCGCCGCUACGAGCAGCAACGGCCAGGACCUGGCUGUCCGCAGCGGCACUCCGAGCUCGACGGGCACCAACAACGGCUUCUACUACUCCUACUACACCGAUGGCACAGCCACCGCCACCUACACCAACGGUGCUGCGGGACAGUACAGCCUGACGUGGUCCGGCAACGGCAACAUCGUCGGCGGAAAGGGCUACAACCCGGGCUCGGCACGCGCCAUCACCUUCAAGGCCGACUACCGGCCCCAGGGCAACAGCUACCUGUCCGUCUAUGGCUGGUCGCGCAACCCGCUCGUCGAGUACUACAUCCUCGAAGACUACGGCACCUACAACCCGGCGUCGAGCCUGACGCACAUGGGCACCCUCACGUCCGACGGCGCCACGUACGACGUCUACGAGGGCACGCGCACCAAUGCGCCCUCCAUCGAAGGCACGCAGACGUUCAAGCAGUACUGGUCCAUCCGAUCCUCGAAGCGCGCUAGCGGCACCGUCACAACGGGCAACCACUUCAGUGCAUGGGCCAAGCUCGGCAUGCCCCUCGGCACCUUUGACUACCAGAUCGUCGCCACCGAGGGCUACAACAGCGCGGGAUCGAGCACCGUGACUGUUUCGUGAUCCAGGCGAGGACCUUCUCUCUCUCUCUCUAUUCUAUCCUGUGCCUAGUCUCGGGUCUUUCUGCCGAAUGGUCUGCAAUGCUACGGGCACAUAUAUGCAGA